CGGCCCGGCCCGGCCCCCUUGCCUGCCCCGCCGGAGCCGCGCUGGCCAUGGGCGCCCGCCUGUCCCUUGACGAGUCCGUGCGGGUCGUGGUGGUGGGGGGCGGCUUCGGAGGGACGGCGGCCGCCAGCCUGCUGCAGUCCUGGGCCGUCCCCUUCGUGCUGGUGGACGUGAGAGAUGCUUUCCAUCACAACGUGGCCGCGCUCCGGGCCGCCGUGGAGAGCGGCUUUGCCAAGAAGACUUUCAUCUCCUACUCGGUCACCUUUGGGGACAGCUUCCGACAAGGCAAGGUGGUGGCCAUAGACCCCGAAAGGCAGCAAGUGGUGCUCAGUGAUGGUGAGGAGCUUCACUACUCCCAUCUCAUUCUUGCAACAGGCAGUGAUGGGCCAUUCCCUGGGAAGUUCAACCAAGUCAUUGACAUGGAAAGUGCCAUCCAGACCUAUGAGGACAUGGUGAAAGAGGUUGAGAAAUCUCAGCGCAUCCUGGUGGUGGGAGGUGGUGCUGCUGGAGUGGAGAUGGCUGCCGAGAUCAAAACGGAGUACCCGGACAAAGAGGUCACCCUCAUUCACUCAAAAACGGCACUGGCUGACGUGGAGCUGCUGCCCAGUGUCCGUCAGGUGGUGAAAGAGAUUCUCCUCAGGAAAGGAGUCCGGCUGAUGCUAGCUGGAAACCACAGCCUGGCAAAGGUUUGUGACCCAGGGCUCUGUGUUGCAACAGGUGAAAAGGUCAGCGACAUAGAAAACCUCAGGCCAAACCAGUUCCAGAAGGACAUGGUAGUGAGGACAGAGAGGGGCACUGAGGUGGUUGUUGACAUGGUGGUGCUGUGCACAGGGAUAAAGAUUAACUCUUCUGCCUAUGCUGCUGCAUUUGGUGACAAAAUGGCAAGUAAUGGUGCUUUGAAAGUUAACAAGCACCUCCAGGUGGAAGGCUACGAGAACAUCUAUGCCAUUGGGGACUGUGCAGAUCUCAAGGAGCCCAAGAUGGCCUACCAUGCUGGGCUCCAUGCCAACAUCGCGGUGACAAACAUCAUCAACAGCCUGACACAGAAGCCUCUCAAAACCUAUGAGCCAGGGUCCCUGACAUUCCUGCUGUCCAUGGGCAGGGAUGAUGGUGUGGGCCAGGUGAAUGGUUACUACGUGGGACGGCUCCUGGUGACCAUUGCCAAGAGCAGGGAUCUGUUUGUGUCCAAGAGCUGGAAGAACAUGGGGCAGACGAUGCCCUCCUGAGAGGAACAAUCCAGCAAGGAGAACAGCAGCUGGAACAGGCUGAGGGUGCACUUCUGUUGCUUGGACUGGCUGAUAUUGUCCUCUGCAGCACCUCCUCAGGCCUCCUGUCACUGUGACACAUGAAAGGGGUGCCUGCCUUGCUGUGAAGGGGAAGGAGGCACUUCCCAAAUGAGCUGCACAGAAGUUCCCAUGAUAAAAACCAGGGAAGAAAUGUUUCUUUUACUCCCCCUGCUGAGAGAGCUCUGGGCAAUAAGCUUGGCUUACCUUGAUUUGUAACAAUAAACACUGUGCUUUUCAGAA